AUGAAGAAAGCAAUGCUGACCAGCGCCCUCGCGGCCACCGCGGCCGCUCGUUCCAUGCCUCACUUCAAGCGCCAAUCGAACAGCAGCACAGUGCAAGGCUUCGACGUCUCGGGCUAUCAACCCAACGUCAACUGGGACGCAGCCUACAACGGCGGCCUCCGCUUCGUCUACAUCAAAGCCACGCAGUCCACCGACUACACCAACCCGGACUUCUCCAGCCAGUACGAGGGCGCGACGAACGCAGGCUUCAUCCGCGGCGCCUACCACUUCGCUGACGGCACUGUUAGCGCCUCGGCGCAAGUCUCCUACUUUGCGCAGAACGGCGGCGGCUGGUCCAGCGACGGAAUCACCCUCCCCGGCAUGCUGGAUCUCGAAGGCGACUGCAUCGGCGUCGACUGGAUCCAGGAGUUCUCCGACGGCUACUACAACAUGUACGGCGUGUACCCCGUGCUCUACUCCAGCCCGUCGUGGUGGGAGCAGUGCACCGGCAAUUCGAAUGCGUUUGUCAAUACAAAUCCGCUCUUCAUGGCCUGCUAUGAUUCCACUCCCUGCACUCCGCAAGGCGGCUGGCCAUACUUUACGUUCUGGCAGUAUGCGGAUAGCAAUACUUAUGGUGGCGACUCGGACCUGUUCAACGGAGAUUACAGCCAACUACAGACGCUUGCGACCAAUGGUUGA